AUGUACACGCUGGUGACGCUGGCGGACGUGGUCCAGAUCCACCCGACUGACUUCCACAAGCCAAGCAUACGAUCCAUCGAGGACUUCAUCAACGCCAAAUAUGCCGACAAGGUCAUCCACAAGGUCGGACUCUGCGUGGGCUUCCAUUCUCUCGUCAGUGCUUCUGAAGGUCUCAUCGGCCAUGGCACAGGAAUCGUCAACGUUAAUGUAGACUUCCGCUUGAUCGUCUUCCGACCAUUCAAAGGCGAGAUUAUCCGAGCAACCAUCACGCAAUCCAAUAUGACAGGCAUCGCUUUGAGCGUCGACUUUUACGAAGAUCUGGUCGUUCCGCCGGAAACUCUCUUCGACAACACAAAAUGGGAGCAGGAUGAUAACGGGACUUGGGCGUAUGUGUGGCGAGCGGACGAUGGCGAGGGUGGCGUCAACGAGUUCUUCUUUGACAACGCCGAAAGCUGCAUGGUCCGUAUUGAGGAGGAGUCGUGGAACGACAUUUCUCCCGAUGCUUUGAGAAGUCAAAGCUACGCAUCAAAGGAAGAGGAAGAUUUGGCGUCUAAGGCACCGCCGUAUCUUGUUCGAGGCAGCAUGAUGCAUACCGGCACAGGACCUACUCUGUGGUGGAUGGGCGAAGGAGAGCAAGCUGAACAAGCGGGAGAUGUUACCAUGAAUGAAGGUUGAAGUCAAUAUGCAGGUGGAUGAUCCCAUGCCUUAAAUCUUCUCUUGAGCUUUGCUCGCUUCUUUCAAUAUGUGGAGAGAAGCACCGCACCACAGUCCACGAGGUUCUGGGACAUCGUGCGCGCUGCGGCAGAAGCCCACCGGCUCUCAGGUCUUCCAGUUCAACAGUUCAACAGUUGAAAAUGGCAUGUGGAGAACGAGGAAGAGAGAAGACGAAGGUGGAGAAUUCUGCAGCGACAGAGCCGUCUUGGCAUUGGCUGUUUACUUGACCCGCAGGCAGCAAUACCCUUCCGCUCCG